AUGGGACGGAUUAGGAAUAACAGGAAUGCCCAGAUUCUCAAACUGCUGCUUCACGUAUCUGACAUUCUUCUGCUGGCCAAUUCUGUCCUCAAUGUUCUUUCUCACGAUUCUGAUGGAGGCGGUGGUUCCGGCCAUCAGAGCAGGAGGCAGAGUCGUGGUGAAGAUGAAUCCUGGAGCAAACGACCGGAUCCAGUCCACCAUCUUACCGGAGGCUGCAACAUAGCCACCAACAGUUCCAAAAGACUUACCCAGAGUACCGGUGAUGAUAUCAAUACGGUCCAUCACGGUGGUGUGGUCAGGAGAAGCAAUACCGGCUUUCAAGUGGGCCUCAAAGUCCAAAUGUUCGGCAACACCAGCUCCAUGAGGACCGUACAUACCGACGGCAUGGACCUCGUCCAAGAAAGUGAGAGCACCGUACUUGUCGGCCAGAUCACAGAUCUUCUCAAUAGGAGCAACAGAACCACACAUGGAGUAGACACUCUCAAACGCAAUCAGUUUUGGAGUGGAUUUAGGGUACUGAGCCAACAUGGCCUCCAACUCCUCCAAAUUGUUGUGUUUGAAGAUGUGCUUUCUUGCUCUGGAGUUGCGGAUUCCCACAAUCAUCGACGCAUGGUUCAAAGCGUCCGAGAAAAUGACCAGAUCUUUGAAUUUCUGGCCCAACAGAGAAAGAAUCGCAUCGUUGGCAACAAAACACGACGAGAACACCAAGGCACCCUCCUUUUUGUGCAGAGCAGCCAGCUCGGCCUCCAGAGCAAUUGCAUGUCUGUUAUGACCAGCAAUGUUCCGGGUUCCGCCGGCACCGGUACCAUAUUUCAACAUGGUGGUGUUCAUGGUUUCCAAGAUCUCCUGGUUCUUACCCAUUCCCAAAUAAUCGUUGGAACACCAGACCAUCACCUUGUCGUCCUCCUUGGCCAAAUGGGCCUUAGGGAACUCCUUGGCGAGUCUGUUGAUGUUGUUGAAGAACCGGUACGACUUGUCCUUUCUCUUUUCGUUCACCUGCUCUUCAAAAGCCGACUCGUAGUCAAAGCCCGACUCGUUCGAAGACUUGUGGAUGAAAAGCGGGUUGGCCGGCUCGGCAGAAGCAGCGGUACCUGGCAGGGCGUCGCUGGCCUGAGCGUGAAGCGGCUUAGAAGGAGUACUGUACGAACGCUUUGA